CGUUCACUUUUUCCUAUAAGUUUGUACUGUAUAUAUCUUGUGAUUUGUAAAUAAAUAGGAAUUUUUAAUCGUUGUUCCGAUAAAAAUGAGAAACAGUGUUUAAAUGUUUAAACAGUACUUAAAUUUAAAAAUUCCAAAGAGUUAUUUUGUUAAUAUUCUUCAGUAGCGAACGAAGAGUGUUUGUGUCUGCGUUAAAUUUACAUAAUGGAGCCCAGAAAACUGAGCACACCAAGUAAGACACGGAAAAUCGAUAACCCUUUGAUAAAUAAUCUGUUUACGCAUAGAACUCCGAUGAAGCAGCAUGAAACGCGUCCGAAGCGCACAAUGUAUCAUCAAAAUAACACUCUUACCGUUCUGCCGGGUCACAUCACUCCACCUUCGAAGAUGAAGGAAUUCAUAAUUAAAAAUCCGUUCGAGCCCGAUUUGACCAACAGAUUGCACAUGUCUGUAAUCAGUCCGACUGUAUUUGCCAAGACUGAAAGUCCUUCGCAUGAGUCUCCGCAAUUUACAUGGAACAUAGAUGAACUGGCGCAUAUAAAACCGGCAAAGAUAGAGGAGUUUCCCAUACACCAGGUACAUUCUCCUGAUCCGGGACUAGAAGUAAAAGCACAAGCAGCUAUAAAUCAGUUUUUUAAAAAGAAUCAAAUAAUUCCUAGUCCGUGGGAUGACAAGCAACUGACAAAUAAGCCGUACAUACAGUUGGACACUCCCAAUAGACCUUUGGAUGAUAUAAAUUCUAGCAAGGAUUUGUCUAAGUCUAAGAAAGACGUAUGGUGUCAGACGGUGUUGUCCUUACCUCUGAAUUUACCACAAAAUGUUGAGGAAGUUUUGAAGCCAUUUUUCACAUUUACUCAGGAUCAAAACGAGCAGAGUACAGACAAUGAAGAAGCAAAUGUGAGUAACAGUUCACUGAGAAGAAAGUUAUUUUUCGCUCACGAUGAAUGUCACAAUGAUGACGAAAGUAUCGCAUCUCUGUCACCUCUUAAAGUCAGCGAAUCCAUGAGAUUAUCCUGCAGUCCUCCUCAGAGUGGUAUGUUUGUUCAUGGCACACCGUUAAAGAUGCGCCAUACCAAACAACGAAGUGAUGAAUAUAUGAUAAAACUUGAACAUUUAUCUCCACCUAACAUGUCACCGAUAUUUAAUAUUAAAAAUAACAUGAAGGUUGAAUCUUGUUCAGUUACUCGGUUAGAUUUUAUGGAUAUAAGUGCAGACAAUAUGCUGGAAGAAAAGAAACAAAGUCCACCUAAUCAAUGGGUAUUAGAUACAUCUCUUAAUGAAAAUAGUGUGAAAGAUACUGAAGACAAUUGUAAAGUGAUAAUUGUAAAUAAUGACAAAAGAACUCUUUGUGAUUCCAUUAACAUAAAUGAAAAAUUAGCAAAAUGUGUAAAUUUAAAUGACUAUCCUAGACAUUGCGACGCCACAAUGUUGAAUGAAAAUAAUUGUAAUGACGGUAAUUUUAAAUUGAAAACUGAUAUGGAAACAUCCGUGCACGAAGAGCGCAAGCAGAUUGUCACGAUGUUUAACUCGUUUGAUCAACAAAAUUCAAAUGCGGUUCAAGACACGGGUUAUCAAACUUACAGUAUGAAUAACACAAUGCAAAUAGUAGAUAGUUACAGCAACACUUCUGUGAAUCACAAAGUUUAUACAAGUGAACAAGUGAUGUCUAGAGAUAACACUCAACUAUCGUGGAAAGAGAACAUCAAAAAGAACACUACAUGCCAAUUUGGACAACUGGUUUUGCUAUAUAUAAUAAAAGAUGCGUACAUAUAAUCACAACAUAUGUUAUGUCAAAGAAGAAGAGAUAUUGGAUAAAAUAAUACACGUUUUUUUUUUGCAAUUUUCUUCAUUUGUUUCAUUAGAUAA